AGUCAGUCCUUGCAACUCCAGCAGUGCAUUGAAGAGCCUGACACAUCCUGCACAGUCAUUGAACAACCUCUCCUCUCUGGGACCUUGACCCACAGAGAGGCCAUGACUUUGUUGGCAUCCCCUGAUGGCCAUGGUAUGACCCAGGUUAAUAACGGUACAUGUUCAGAGUGCAUUGAUGAGGUAAAGAAUUCUGUUCACCAUAAGCAAGACAAUGAUCUAAUGCUUCAGAGAACAGAGUUCCAAAAGACAAAUGAUGGAACAAUGGUUUCCAAUGUGUCAUCCUCGAGUGGACAUCCUGACAAGAAGAUGUCUGAACAUACAAAUGUUUUUAUUUUGUGUACGAGGCCACGGAUGCUGUUUUAUUCAUUAAUUAUUUUUUAUCUCUUGUAAGUAUUGUUAUUUUCUCCCUUUAUGCCAGUUAAAAUGACAUUUCUGUUGUAAAACUUUAUCUUAGAUAUCAUAUGACAUAAUCUGGCAAAGUAUUUUAGGGCUGGUAACUAGAAGUUGUGUGUGGCCCUUUACCCUAAAAGGGCUUGUGGCACCCUUGAUUUCAGUUACUUGAAGUUUGACCAAGUUGUUACCAAGAUUGAUUUACAUAUUGAUAGAUACAUGAUAAUAAAAUGUUUUUCAUUUACUAUAUUUUAAAGGUAAUCAUUAAAUCAAAGGAAUAAAUUUUAAUUUACUCUCUUUGCUUUCCCUUUCAGCUUUGUGAAUGGUCUGAGUUACUUUGGAAUUUCCUUAAGCACACCUGUUUUACAUGGAAACCAAUUCUUUAAUUUGUUUCUCCUAGGGGCAGUGGAAAUACCAGCAUACAUUCUCUGUGUAGUCGCGUGUGAGCGGUAGGAAUUGACUUUUUCUUAAAAAAUCAUAUGUAAACUUAGAAAGAAGUUGUGAUUUAUAUUUGAAAAGGAAAAAAAUUAAAAUUUAGCUUCAUAUUGAAUUAGCUUAUUUGCGGAAUUUAGAGGCCUUCUUCAACAUUUGCUAUUGUGUCAUUUGUGUACUUGCUUGUUCAUUACCCGUAAAGAUUUUGUAAACGAUACUUACUGGUCUUUUAUAUUUAAAUUAUUUAUUUUUAACCACAGUAUUGGACGUAAAAUCCCCUUAUGCCUGUUUCUCCUUAUUUGUGGCAUGAUGAAUAUAA